AUGUCCCAACCAGAAACAUACCCUCAUCCGACCCCAACCACCACAAACAUCCCCUCUCCGUCCUCGGCCUCAUUCACAGCCCAGUCCUCAUCAUCUUCUCCAUCCUCCCCUCCCCAAUCCUCCUUCUCUUCCUCCUCUCCAGCAGCAGCGACAGACCAAGACCCCGAGACAACCAGGCGCACUCUCGAAGCCCGCACCGCAUUCACCGCCUCUCUGCACUCUGCGGGCCAAAACGUCUCGUCGGACCUGCGCGCGCGCGCCACAGAUCUGCACAAUAACGAGGCUGCGAUUCAAAGACAGGAAAAUGAGCUAUCCAGACAUACGUCGGAUCUGGCGAAGCAGAAUGAGCAGUGGGAAAAAGUCGUGGAGAGCGCGCGGCAAGGGUUGAAGGAGAUUGGCGAUGUGCAGAAUUGGGCGGAGAUGAUUGAGAGGGAUUUAAUGGUUGUUGAGGAAGUGCUUAGGCUAGCGGAGGAUAGAGCACAGGAGGGUGAUGAAGAAGAAGAAGAAGAAGAGGGGGUUGGGCAUGACCGCCGCCGGUCUGACGCGGGAUUUGAUCACUACUCGGAAGGCGAAGGCGAUUUGACUGAAAGAGAAGAUGGCGUGAUCAAGGGCAAGAAAGUGGCCCAGGAACCAAUUGAGAUCUUGGAUGAUAUGUCGUCUGCUGCGUCCGAGAUGACGGGCACCUCGGCCACCUCGGAAUCGAGCUCGGCUUCUUCUGCAAAGAAUAUCAGCCCACCUGUGUCUUCGGAGGAUGAGCAGCAGCAGCAACGACAACAAGAGCAACAAGAGCAACAGCAGAAGCAGCCACAGGAGGAAGAGAACAGGAAGAGCGAUGGAGAAGCAAAGCAGAGCAAGGGAUGGUGGGGACGAUGGUGGUAG